AUGAGCCACUCGAGCGCAGCCGCCUCAGCAGGCGGCAAGGAAGGGCUUACAGACGCAGACAUCGACAAGAUCGCGGGCAGGGUGGCCCAGAUGAUACGGCUGGGCACAGGGACAUCUCCGGCCUCGGCGCCACCUGAGAGCGCACCCAACCUCCAGGGGCUCGCCGGUCAAGAUCAGAGCGCGGCUCCAUCUCACGAGGCGGGCUGGAGCGUGGUAGACGACCCCUGGACGGAACAGGACCCGUGGCGAGAAGAAUGGAGAGCGAAGGAUGCGCGGGCAGAAGAUGACAAGCUCACACCACCAUCCAUGAGGGCAUCAGACACUUGGAAGGAGUGGAGAGACAGAUCCGAGCAGCGACAGUCCUGGGAUCAGGACGACGGAUGGAAGAGCAGACCCGGGCGACAACAUGCCUGGGAUCAAGACAACUCGUGGCAGAGUUGGAGCAGUCAAGGCAGCUCAUGGCAGCACGACCGCGGCUGGUGGCAGGGCCAGUGGACACAACCCAGACCAGCACCAUCCUGGCCAGGCUGGGAGAGAUUCAGGCUGUGGAAGCAGUACGUGAAGCGUUGGAAGGACAGCCUGCACCUGAGCGAGGUACAGGCAGCAGACAGGCUGCUGGAGAUUUUGCCCUGGGAGAUCAGGACGACUCUCGAGGACAUCCCAGACAGCGAGCUGACGGUAGAGAUCAUACUGAGGAGGAUGGGCUUCAAGUCCGGCGAGCGCGAGGACGACGACCUCUACCGGACAGGCAGUGAGGCCAUGCAGGACACGGAGAGGAAGAAGGACGAGGACCUGCACGCCUUCGCGGAGCGACGCCGACGUCAAUUCGACAAGGCGAAGAGCAUCGGGAUGGAGAUCCCGCAGAAGAUCCAAGGCAUGCUGCUGAUGCAAGGAGCUCGUCUCAACGAGCAGGGCAGGCAGAACCUCAAGAGCCUGACGAAGGGCUCGAUGCUGGGCGGGGACAUCCUCUGGGCACUGCCCAAGCUGGACACCGGAGGGAAGAUCUGGAGCGACGGCAAGCAGUCAUCGCUUUUGAGCAUGGGGUCGGAGGAGGCGCCGCCACCUUCCGAGCCCCAUCGGGCAGAGUCUGGGCCUGUCGAGGAGCCGAUCUACGAGUGGUCGUACUGGGCCGACGAGCUCGACUCCGAGGACGAGGCCAUGGUGCUCGUCGAGCUCUCAGAGAAGAGCCUCGCGGAGCCAGAGGUGGUCGAGACUUUGGCGCAGAUCGGAAAGACCAAGAAGACGUGGAAGGAGAACCAGCAGCUGAAGACGGCGCUCAAGCGGGAUCGAGGCUUCUGGAAGAAGAAGCGCCGGCUCACCCCGUCACAGCUGAAGCUGAUCACGAAGUGCGGCAACUGUGGAGAAGUAGGGCACUGGCACAAAGAGUGCAAGAAUCCUCACCGUCCCAGAGAGCGAGAUGGCAAAGGCAAACCUCGGUCUGGAGGGGCCGAGAUCGAGGCUUUCACGUUCGCGGCGAUUGGCGCGAGCGACGACCAGGACUUCAACCUCGACGGCAUCACGGUCCUGGGCAGGGAGGUGCUGGCGACCCUCAGGGAGAUCAUCAGCUCGGAGACCACGGAGCUCUCGCUGCUGAUUCUCGAGGGCGGCCUGAUCAUCGUGGACAGCGGCGCCUCCCAGGCGAUCAUAGGUCGCCGGGCUUUGAAGGAGCUCGAGGGAGAUCUGCAGCGACGAGGCCUGCGGAUCAACUGGAUCGAGAAGAGCGUCCAGACACCUCGGGGCAUCGGCAGAUCGGCCACGCUGGUCGGAGUCGCCGUGGUGCCUAUCUCCAUCGGCGGCAAGAGCGGGACCGUCGAGUUCGUGGUGACCGAGGAGGACCUGCCUCCACUUUUGCCAGGCGGGUUUCUCGAGCAGUUCGGCGCGGUGCUGGACUACGAGAAGGAUCUUCUUCUUCUGAAGAAGUUGGACUGUGAGACUGAGCUCCACCGGAUCGGGAAGAACCACCGGGGGAUCUACAUCAACGACUGGCGCGGGACAGAGAGCAGCUUCUCUCCCAGCUCGCGCGCCUUGCCAGCCGGCCUUGGCUCGGACGCCUUCCGAGCCCCGACUGAAAAAAAGGACGUGCUCUCUUGGAAGGAUCCCUCUAGACGCAACUACCGAGCUCACCGCGAGAUCCGCCUCAAGUCGAUGCGGAGCCGCCCAGACUCGGACAUCUCAGAGAGGGUCAAGAUCCAGUGGAUCAGGCUGCUGCAUGCCGGACUGAUGUGGAUACAGACCCUCAUGGACAAUUUCUUCGCUCUGAACAGGUGGUUCGUGACCUCAUACAACCAGCACGGGAACUGGGAGCAGUGCAGCAAGUGCAAGGUGAGGACGUCCUAUCGAGAGAUCGGGUAUCGCGGGGACGGCCACCGACAGAUGACGGCAUCAGAGAUGAGGAGGCUCAGGCAGAAGCUACCGCGCGAUGUCAGGCCACUGAGCUCGGCAGGUUCGGCGUCGCAGGAGGGCACAGCCCAGGCUCCGAGUCGACGCGCGGCGUCGGCGCCGAACGACGAGAACACCUGGUCGAGCUUCAACCAGGAGCCUCCACCUCCGUGGGCAUCGGAGAUGGUGCGAGGUCUAUCGGCAGCAGUGGCCGAGGCAAUGACGGCAUCCACGGGGCCGAUGGCAGCAGCGCUACGCGAGCAAUCUGUGACGCUCUCGCACAUGGUGGCCACGAUGCAGCAGAUGGCACCAGAACCCCCAGCAGCAAGCGGGAGUGCGGACUCCAGCACGCCGGCAUCGCCGACCGGACCGCCACCGACGACCACCGGGGCAUCUCCAAACCUCGGGUUCACCAUGGUGGAGGAGGCCCCG